AGCCACAGAUUACACACACUCCCUACAGACCCCAAAGCGGAGGAGUUCUGGCUCUGAUCCGAAAUGAGUUUCUAUGAUGAAAUAAACAGGAAUCACACACAGACCAGCAGCAGAAACAGCAGGAUGGAGACGCACAGCUGGAUUCUCUUCAUGUGGGCGUCUCUUUCAGAGGCCUUCAAUAUCGACACUGAACAUCCACUGAGAUUUAACGGCGCGGCAGAAGAUUUCUUUGGUUACAGCGUUUAUCAGUCUGAGUUUGAAAACAGGAAACAGAUCAUCGUUGGAGCCCCAUUAAAAAGAAACUCAGCAGGUGAAAUUUACAGCUGCACAGUAGAUCUGCGUUCCUGCAGACCGCUGCACUGGCCAGGCUCAGAGAGCGUCCGGUUCUUCGGCAUGUCUGCUGCUGUGUCGUCUGCUCCUGUCGGACGCUUGACUAGCUGCAGUCCGUAUCUUCCUCAUGAGUGUGAUGGAAACUCAUAUCCGAACGGCAUCUGCUUCCAGUUCAACAGCGGUUUACAGGCCGUCUCAAACUUUACUGUUGCUUACCAAGAAUGCACGAAGAGAGAAGUCAAUCUGGUGUUUCUCUUUGAUGGAUCCGCCAGUAUGAGAGACAAAGAAUUUGAAAUGAACAAAAAAUUAAUUAUAGAUGUUAUGAAAAAACUUUCAAACUCCUCCAUAAAGUUUGCUGCUGUCCAGUUUUCAUCUGCAUUCAGAACUGUGUUUGACUUCAAUGACUAUCAGAACGGCUCCGCUGAAGAGAAACUCAUGAAAGAGAAACACAUGAAAGCUCUCACAAGUACACGCAGAGCAAUCAAAUAUGCCUUAACCACUCUCCUGAAUAAUCCGUCAUCUGGAGCCGAUCUCAGCGCUCAGAAAGCCCUGGUGAUCAUCACAGAUGGAGACCCCACUGAUCCAGAUGCUGAAAAUAUCAUCCUUAAAACAUGUGAUGAGCAAAAUAUCCUCCGCUACAUCAUUGGGGUGGGAAAGGUUAACUUAACCGGACUCACUCAACUGGCUUCAGAACCAAAACCAAAAAACACCUUCUACAUUCAAGACUACAGUGGACUCGAAGGACUUCUUGACAACCUGCAAAAAAAGAUUGAAGGGUCAAAGGACAGCAAAUACGGACAGAAAGAGUUAUCACAAAGUGGAUUCAGUGUCCUCUACCACAAGGACUCUGUGAUUGUGGGUUCGGGUGGAUCUAAUGACUGGCGUGGAUCUCUGUAUGAAGUGACGGGAUCAGGAUCUGGAUUCAAAGAGACGGAGAUUAAGGAUCCAGCUGUCAGUAAAGACUCAUACAUGGGUUACUCUGCUGUGAUGGGAAUGAGAGGCGGCGUCUCUCUUCUGUUCUCUGGGGCGCCGCGGGCCGAACACACGGGUCUGGUUACCCUCUUCACCAAGAAUGAAGGCGCAUGGACAGUGACGGGGAACAUCACCGGAGAACAAAUUGGAUCAUAUUUCGGAGCGUCUCUGAGUGUGUUGGAUCUGGACUCGGAUGGAGACUCAGAUUUCCUUCUGGUCGGAGCUCCGUUAUUUCAUCAGUCUCAGCUGAGGGCAGAAGGGAGGCUGUACGUCUAUGCUUUAUCAGAGGAGUAUUUUCAGAAGACACUGAACGUGAGUGAGUCAAACACAGGCAGAUUUGCAGCAUCUUUGGCUUCACUAAAGGACCUGAAUGGAGACAGCCUGUCAGAUGUGGCAGUCGGAGCACCACUUGAGAAUGAUGGUGAGGGAGUCGUCUACAUCUACCUGGGCGACAAGACAUGUGGAAUAAACCCCGAACACGCUCAGCGGAUCCCAGCGCGGUCGGUUCUGCCCGGUCUGAAGCAGUUUGGAGUGUCUCUGUCCGGUCAGAUGGACAUGAGCUAUGAUAAUCUGACAGAUGUCGUGAUCGGAGCACAAGGAGGGAUUGUGCUGCUCAAGGCUCGUCCUGUGAUGUCUGUAUCUGCACAGCUCAGUUUCAGUCCCAGUGAAAUCAGUCUGACCAACUUUGAAUGCCCGAGUGACAAAGAGUUAAACGCGUUUAAUCUCACUUCGUGUUUGACGGUGGCCGAGCGGACCAGUAGCAGCGGAUCUCUCAAGAAGAACCUGACUGUGUCUCUGAACCUGAAUGUGGACGUGAUGAGAGGAAUCAAUCGAGGAUUCUUCGUUCAGAAUGAUUUGUCAUCCAAGACUCUGCAGCAGUUCGUCCUGCUGGAUUCUGGGACCUCCUGUUUCAGCUUCCCCAUUUUCAUGAAGCGCUGCACUACCGACACAGUGUCUCCUCUGAAGAUACAAAUUAAUUUCUCACAAACCAAGACGUUUUCUGAAAGCUCCAUGGCUAUUCUUGACAUCCACAGCAGGACGAAGGAGUAUGUCGAGGUGCCAUUUCAAAGGAACUGUAAUUGAAACAACAGCUGUGUGGCCGAUCUGAAGCUGAACUUCAGUUUACGUGAGAAACAACUGAAAAAUAAAUCCAGAAUGAUAUUAAUGUGAAAUAUGAUUGUAAAUGCUUCUGAAUUCUGCCAUCCUUCAUCAGCUUUUAUUUUUUCCUGUUGUAAUAAAACAUGAGAAUGUAAUGAAGAUUCUGCAUUCGGUCUGCAGGAACAGCACAUCAGUGGUUGAAGGAUCUGAAGAUUUUCAAUAGCAUCCUAUAAUCAAUCAUACAUACAGUUUUAUUUACUCUGUUUUUUAUAUGAUUUAAUUUUGUAAUCAUUUAUAAUCAUUAGUCAUUUAUGUAGUUGUCAUUCAUUUAUUCAUCUAUUGCUGUUUAAGUGUUACAAUUGUGUGGUUUAAAAGGAUGUUUGUCUUCAUGGUAGGAUGAUAAGAGAAUGUUUCCAUUUCAAGGUUUUAAACGUCACAGGACGAUGUUGUGAAGCAGUAAUUUUCCAUUGUUUUUCCCUUAAUAUAAUAACACUUGUUGGAAUUGUACUGGCCAGGAGAAUUCUGAGCAUUGAGAUAUACGCAAUUAAGAUUAUUCAAUAAACUUUGCUAUUUUUAUCAUCA